CGCCCCCACCGCCGGCCCCUGCAUGCCCGGUGCCCGCGUCGCAGCCCACCUGGACGCUCUGGGCCCCCUGGUCUCCUACGUGCAGCCACCGCUGCUGCCCUCUAUGUUCUACGUGGGCCUGUUUUUCGUCAAUGUGCUGAUCCUCUACUACGCCUUCCUCAUGGAAUACAUCGUCCUCAACGUGGGCCUCGUCUUCCUGCCCGAGGACUUGGACCAGGCGCUGGUGGACCUCGGCGUACUCUCCGACCCUGGCUCUGGCCUCUAUGAUGCCGAUUCGGAGCUCGACGUCUUUGAUGGAUAUUUGGAGUAAGGUCCCAAGACUUGCCCUCCACCAUCCACAACUCUUGGCCUGGGCCAGCUGUCCAUAUCAUGCCACUGCCACUAGUUGGAGGCACCAUCUGGACCGGAAUGGGACCCCAGGAAGAGGCCCGGUCUCACUUGGUAGCUCCAGCUAACCUCAAACUCAGGAUCUUGCCUGCCUCAUGGCUGCUGACUUAAUCCAGCCUUGCAAAUAAAGAAACUGAAGACCAGAAAGUGGGAGUCCCAGAGAACAAGGCCAAAUAAGACAGCAGUGUCUCCUGCACAGUGGCCACCGGGGAACAGAAGAGCCUCCGUGAGGACUUGUCUUCCAUGCUCCCCUUCAGUGCCAGCUGCAGCCUCUCCAGGCCCAUCUCUUCUACAUGCUUGUACCUUUUCCCUGAAUUCAUCCAAAAACCUUUUAGAAAAAUUUAAAAGUUCCACCCUUACAGCAGAGUUUCCAGAAAAGUCUAAAGAACUCCUGUGCUCCCCUCACCAGAGCCUGCCAGCCGACAUCCUGUCCAUGUGCUCGAUGCAAGCUCACGUUCUUCUGUGAAUACACAUGCAUGCACAUGAACACACACACAUGUGCACAGUCAUCUCCGAAACAUUUGAGAGUGCCUGCGGACAUGAUGUUCCUUUGGUCCUGGAUAUUUUGCUCUAUAACUUCCUUAAACAAGGAUAUACUUGGUAUCUGUAGCACCAAUGUCAAAACCAGCAAAAUGUUGUUUUUGAGAUGGGCUGCUUCUGUAACCAAGACUGACUGCGACUCCUGAACCCCUGCUCUACCUCCUGAGCACUGGGAUUCCAGGCCUGCUCGUGCCAACAGCCGGGUUCCUGCCCCAGCCCAAGAGUAUGCCAGGAGAGGUGGGGAUCCAGUGCCAAGAUGGGAGAGUUGCCAGGCCCUACAGGAAGGAGAAGGGCUCCAAAGACCUCACCUACCACCCAGUUCUCAGACGUCCUGAAUCAGGCUUGAUUCUCCCGCUUCGUGAUGGAUGUUUACAGGAACCCAGCCAGAGGUCACCUUUCUGCACUUCACCCCCGACUGCACCUGCCACCCCCACUUAACCUCUGGAAAGGACACAAGAGCUGAAGUGGGGUGCAAACAGAUUCAUACUUAGGCUGCUCCCUCCAGCGUCAGACCCAAGACUGUUGAUCACAGUCUCAGGGAGUCACUCUGAAGAAGGAUGCGCCAGGGUCUAGGGCGGGAUUUAACCUCUUCAGGUUGACAGAACUGAGAUGCCGCACUGGAGAAGGCUGUCUCUGGCUAGAAAUCUAUUUUUGGAAGUGUGAGUGGUGUGGAAAGUGUGAGUGGUGUAGAUACUUGAUUUCCAUAAACCUGUAAAAGCAAUACUUAGAGGCUGACUUAUUUCAUUAAAAAAAUGUAAGCAACUCCAA